GGCCGGUGUGUCCCAGUGACCGGCGGCAGCAGCGGCGGGGAUGCGGCGGGGAGUGUGAGAGUGUCCCCUCCGUGUCGUCCCCCCCGGCCGAGAUGAGGCAGAGCCCCCCCGAGAGGAGCUUGGGCCAGGGCGCGGUGGCACCAUGAGCCCCCCGGUGCCCGCUGUCCCCGCCGGCAGGAUGCUGCUCGCCCUGGCCCUGCUGGUCACUGCUGGUCACUGCUGGUCACUGCUGGUCACUAGUGGUCACUGCUGGUCACUGUUGGUCACUGGUGUCCCCACGGUGUCCUCACAGGGCGCGGUGGCACCAUGAGCCCCCCGGUGCCCGCUGUCCCCGCCGGCAGGAUGCUGCUCGCCCUGGCCCUGGCCUGCGCCAGCCCCUUCCUGGAGCCGCCGGCGGCGCCGCGCCGCACGCUCAACGUGGCCGUGAUCCUCAGCGGCGCCUCCUACGGCCCCGCCGGGCCCCGCCUGGCGCCCGGAACCUUCCGGAACUUCUCCCUGGACGUGAACCCCGUGGGCGUGGUGCUGAACGACACCAACCCGCGCAGCCUGAUCGUGCGGCUGUGCGACGUGCUGAGCUCGCUGCGCAUCCACGGCGUCGUCUUCGAGGACGACACGCGCUCCGAGGCCGUGGCGCAGAUCCUGGACUUCAUCUCGGCCCAGACCUCCGUGCCCAUCAUCGGCGUCAACGGCGGCUCCGCCAUCGUGCUCACGCCCAAGGAGAAGGGCUCCACCUUCCUGCAGCUGGGCUCCUCCACGGAGCAGCAGCUCCAGGUGAUCUUCGAGGUGCUGGAGGAGUACGACUGGACGGCCUUCGCCGUGGUCACCACGCUGCUGCCGGGCUACGAGGACUUCGUGGACUACGUGGAGGUGCUGACCGACAGCAGCUUCAUCGGCUGGGAGCACCGCGGCGUGGUCACCCUGAACCUCACCGACGACCCCGAGGGCGCGCGGACGCGCCGGCAGCUGCGCGAGGUGUCGGCGCAGAUCCGGCUGCUCUACUGCUCGCGCGACGAGGCCGAGGCCGUGUUCCGCGCCGCGCGCGACGCCGGCCUCACCGGGCCCGGCUACAUCUGGUUCGUGGUGGGCACCAACCUGGGCGGCAGCGAGCAGCUGCCCGAGCACGUGCCCGCCGGGCUGUUCGCCGUGCUGUCGGCCGGCUGGCGCGACGACCUGCAGCACCGCGUGCGCAACGGCGUGGCCAUCGUGGCCAAGGGCGCCGAGGCGCUGCUGCGCGACUACGGCUUCAUCCCCGAGUUCAACAACGACUGCCGCGCGCCCAACGUCACCCAGAUCAACGACAACCUGCACAGGUACUUCAUGAACAUCACGUGGGGACAGAAGGACUUCUCCUUCAACGAGGACGGCUACCUGGUGAACCCCUCGCUGGUGGUCAUCUCCCUCAACAAGGAGCGCACCUGGGAGGUGGUGGGCAGCUGGGAGCAGCAGGUGCUGCGGCUCAAGUACCCGGUGUGGUCGCGCUACGGGCGCUUCCUGCAGCCCGUGGAGGACGGGCGGCACCUGACGGUGGCCACGCUGGAGGAGCGUCCCUUUGUCAUCGUGGAGAACAUCGACCCCGCCACCGGCACCUGCAUCCGCGACUCCGUGCCCUGCCGGCGCCAGCUCAACCGCACCGCCAGCCCCCCGCCCUUCGAGAAGAAGUGCUGCAAGGGUUUCUGCAUCGACAUCCUGAAGCGCCUGGCGCGCGCCCUGGGCUUCACCUACGACCUCUACCUGGUCACCAACGGCAAGCACGGCAAGAAGAUCGACGGCGUCUGGAACGGCAUGGUGGGCGAGGUGUUUUACCGGCGCGCCGACAUGGCCAUCGGCUCGCUGACCAUCAACGAGGAGCGCUCCGAGAUCAUCGACUUCUCCGUGCCCUUCGUGGAGACCGGCAUCAGCGUGAUGGUGUCGCGGAGCAACGGCACCGUGUCCCCCUCCGCCUUCCUGGAGCCCUACAGCCCGGCCGUGUGGGUGAUGAUGUUCGUCAUGUGUCUCACCGUGGUGGCCGUCACCGUCUUCAUCUUCGAGUACUUCAGCCCCGUGGGCUACAACCGGAGCCUGGCCAGCGGCCAGCGCGCCGGUGGCUCCACCUUCACCAUCGGCAAGUCCAUCUGGCUGCUGUGGGCGCUGGUGUUCAACAACUCGGUGCCGGUGGAGAACCCCAAGGGCACCACCAGCAAGAUCAUGGUGCUGGUCUGGGCCUUCUUCGCCGUCAUCUUCCUCGCCAGCUACACGGCCAACCUGGCGGCCUUCAUGAUCCAGGAGGAGUACGUGGACACCGUGUCCGGCCUCAGCGACCGCAAGUUCCAGCGGCCCCAGGAGCAGUACCCCCCUCUCAAGUUCGGCACGGUGCCCAACGGCUCCACGGAGAAGAACAUCCGCAGCAAUUACCCGGCCAUGCACAGCUACAUGGUGCGCUACAACCAGCGCGGCGUGGAGGACGCGCUGCAGCACCUCAAAACGGGCAAGCUGGACGCCUUCAUCUACGACGCGGCCGUGCUGAACUACAUGGCCCGCAAGGAGGAGGGCUGCAAGCUCGUCACCAUCGGCUCGGGCAAGGUGUUCGCCUCCACGGGCUACGGCAUCGCCCUGCAGCGGGGCUCGCGCUGGAAACGGCCCGUGGACCUGGCCCUGCUCCAGCUCCUGGGCGAUGACGAGAUCGAGAUGCUGGAGCGGCUCUGGCUGUCGGGGAUCUGCCACCAGGAGAAGCUGGAGGUGAUGAGCAGCAAGCUGGACAUCGACAACAUGGCCGGCGUGUUCUACAUGCUGCUGGUGGCCAUGGGGCUGAGCCUGCUCGUGUUCGCCUGGGAGCACCUGGUGCACUGGAAACUGAGGCACCUGGGCACGCCCGGGCGGCUGCGCUGCCUGCUGGCCAUCAGCAGGGGCAUGUACAGCUGCUGCAGCGCCGAGGAUCCCCCCACGCCCCCUCCCCACGCCCUCCGCGCCCCUCCCCCCACGCCCCCCUCCCUGCCCCGCCCCCCCCCCCCCGCGCCCGCCGCCCCCCCCCCCCCGAGCGCUGGCGCCCCCUGCCCGCCCCCUCCUCGCGCCGGGGGCGCCCCCGACUCCUUCCAUCGCUUCUACGGCCCCAUCGAACCGCAGGGGCUCAGCCGGGGGUCCCGCUCCCCUCCCCCCCCGCCCCGCUACCCCCCCGGGACCCCCCCCGACCCCUUCACCCCCCCUGGCCCCGCCGCGCCCCCCCCCGCGGCCGCUACGAGCCCUUGGGGGGAGCCCGACCCCCCGUUCGCGUACGCGCGCCUGAGCUACGAGGACGAGCGCAGCCCCCCCGCGCCCCCCGCCCCGCGCCGCGCCCCCUCCCACAGAGGGACCCCCGGCAUUGGGGGAGGGGACCCCGAGGCUCAGCCCCUGCUGAGGCCCCGCCCCCACCCUCACCUGUGCAGGGGGGCGGGGCAUCCGGCGCACCUGGCCCCGCCCCCUGCCCCCGCGCUCUCCCCCGACAUCUCCGACUCGGACUCGGAGGGCUGCGGGGGGGGGCGCGGGGGGGGGGCGGAGCCGCUGGGGGCCCGGAGAGGCUCCGCCCACUUCUCCAGCCUCGAGUCCGAGGUAUGA